AUGUUGCUAGUGAUUUGCUUGUUGGCGGUGGAUAUUUUAGGCAUAAAGACUGAAUUAAGUGAUACGCCAAUAGUGAUUAGGCUACAACCACAGCUGCAUCCACCCAAUUUUGUAAAGGAAAUGUCGCCACCACGAAUCGUUGAUUCACCGGUACAGGCUUCCAGCAAUAUUGAAGCAUUCGUUGCAAGAGAGAUGAGUACUAUACCACCGCCUCCACCUAUCAGUAUACCACCUGAUGUACAAAAUCAACUCAUAAAAUUUUUUGGUCUUGACAGUUUUGGUAUACCUGGACUGACUGGAAAUCAUCCAAAUGGCUUCGCUGGAGCAAUUGAGGAACUAAAAGCUGCUGGCAUACCUAUACAAGGACUUCCUUUUGAACAUAUCACUAGUAGCACGAGUAAUAAGCAAACGAAUGAUCUGAAUGUUCAACCGAAUUCUGUGUUUGGAAAUCAGGUAAAUCAAAUUCAAAAUGAAGUAGCGUCGACGAAUUAUCGCGGAACAAGUGAUUUGAAAUUGCCGGAUGACAAUCCAGGAAAAAAUGGUCUUAUUGGUUUUCUCUCGAGCUCAUUCAGGAAAUUGGUUCAAGAUACUGGAGUAGCUGAUGCUUUAUCGCAAGGCAUUCCAAGUGUUCUCGGAACAUCCUCUGACUCGGCUAUUGCUAGCUCUCAUGAUUCAGCUGCGGCCGAUAUUUCAAACAGAUAUUCGUCAGGGAAUGGAGUGCGUCGUCAGCAAAGUGCUGCGCAAAAGGUAUUAUCAGGCGUGGCUGCAGCUCUCGGGAGUGGCGGUCCAAAACAUGCUGGUCUUCCACGAAUCCCCGGUUUGCCACUUUUACCAGGUGGUAUACCUAGGAACGAACAUGGCCAGAUCGACGUUGUUCAGCUUAUAGGUUCAAUAACUCGACGAAUCUCAAAUGGAACUACCUUGGCUGAUAUUAUCCCACCGGAGCAGUUGCAAACACUGGCUGAUAACGUUACUGAUGCUUUACUUCCUUCUACACCUGAAAACUUCGAUUUAACGAAAUUUAUGGGUCGUUGGUUCGAAGGAAUUAAUAGUCCUCGAGCAACAGAACAAAGAUGUGUUGUGCAUCACUAUGGUGGCUUAACAAAGAAUGAUAGAACAGCUACUUUCACUGCAUUAAAAAUUUAUCGCGAAGGAAGUGAAUUCGGUCCUGUGCGAUAUUCAAUUGGAUAUGCCUUCCGUGGAGGAAACAAAGAUGCGAUGCUACAGCUUCACUCAUCAGAAACAUCUGAUGCCCAACCAUUCUGGAUUUAUCACCUUGGAUCAGAAGGGAAAGAUCCCUUUGGCAAUCCGCAGUAUGAAUAUGCAAUAGUAUCAAAUUGGGUGAAAUAUCCAGUAACGGUAUUGGUUCGCGAUCCAGAUCGUUUCAGAGUUAAAUACGAAAAGGAAGUUUUAAGGUGGUUGGAAGAUCAGGGUUUCAUAAAUGGAUUCGUGCGUGCAUUCAAUAUGCUUCAGCCAGCAAACUAUAAUUCCUGUCAAUAUGCUGAUAGUACUUUUGAAGUUUUCGGACCCAGUAAACGAGUGACGUAA